AUGGAUUCAUCUUUGACCGAUCCAUAUUGUAAUGGUUGCAAAAAAUUUAAACCUAUUAAUGAAUUCAUAGAAAAUGAUAAAAAUAAUAUACCUACUAAAUUUCUAAUUUGCAAUUGUUGUUGUCAAAAAUCUUCUAAUAAAUGGAAAAGAUCUAUAACAACCGAUGAUAUUCUAUUUAAUGACGAGUUAGAAAUUGUUGAAUUGGAUUUUUUAAGUGAAAGUGUUGCAGAGAUUUUAGAAAAUACACUAUCAAAUUCAGAUUUUCAUUUCCAUUGUGAAAUAAAUAUUAGAAAUUAUAAUAGUUCAAAUAAAGAUCUAGCAAGUGAAAUUAUUGAACAAAUUGAGAAUGUAGACGAAUAUAAUUGGAUUUAUAAUUGUCAAUAUAAUACUGUGUAA